AUGAAUUGGCAAGAAAUAGCUAAGGAAUCUCAAGCCAAAGUGCUUGAUUCCAUCCCCAAACACUGGCGAUUGGAUGUCAAUCAGUAUCGAGGCCUCAAAGACGUCACGGAUGUGCCGUACACCUGCGGCCUGCUCAAUGAAGAGCAGCUCAAAAUCACUGAACUUACAGCCACAGAAAUAGUCGAGAAAGUCGAGACUCGCGAGCUAAAAGCAGUGCAGGUCCUGGAAGCAUUUGCUGGGCGCGCUGCUAUCGCGCAUCAAUUGGUCAACUGUCUGACUGAAUGGUUCUAUGAAGCAGGUCUUGCACGAGCGAGAGAGCUUGAUGAAGCGCUAGAGAAGGGUGGUCAACUGAAGGGUUUACUGCAUGGUGUUCCCAUUGCUCUCAAAGAUAUCCAUUGCGUUGCAGGCCAUGCUUCAACUAUGGCUUUCGUUUCAGGCAGGAACAAUAUCGUCAGUCAGGAUUCUGCAGUCGUAGCUGCUCUCCGUGCUGAAGGCGCCAUAUUCUUCUGCAAGACCACUAUGCCUCAAUCAGCCAUGGCAAUCGAAACUGUCAGUAACCUCUGGGGUCGCACGUUGAACCCUUUUAGUCGGAACCUGAACGCUGGAGGUAGUUCUGGAGGCGACGCUGUCCUCGUAGCUAUGAAGGGUACACCACUCACGCCCUCGACUGAUCUUGGCGGCUCGAUUCGUGUACCAGCUGCUUUCAAUGGGCUGUAUGCUCUCAAACCAACAGCUGCACGAAUCCCAAAAGGCGGGAUGCCAGACCUUGGCCAGAGUCUAAUUCAAGUUUCCUUUGGACCUAUUUGUCAUUCCAUCGAGGACAUGGAGUUACUUACCCGGGUCAUCAAUGCCCAUCCUUAUAAUAGAUUUGAUGUGACUUGCGUGCCUGUUCCCUGGAGGGCGAUCAAUUCUCUAGAGGGGAAGCUGAAGAUCGGGCUAAUGAAAUGGGAUGGCGUCGUAAUGCCUCACCCACCAGUUCUUCGAGUACUAGAGCAUACCAAACAGUUACUGAUAGAAGCUGGUCACGAGGGCAAGUCAGGCUCGUUGUGGACUUUCGACAUUUACUACCAAGGCGGAGCUGAUGCUGCCGUCGCCGCACUUGAAGAAUCUGGUGAACCCAUGAUCCCAGCAUUUGCCGACCUGCUCAAGGUCUUCAAUGUUCGAAAGCUUCCGGCUUCGGAGAUUAUACAGUUGAGUGGCAAGGUACGAGACUAUAAAGAGCAGUUCCUGGCAGCAUGGAAACAAGCGGCCAUCGACGGCCAUCCCAUUGAUGCCUUGAUAUGCCCUCCGGCACCUGGCGUAGGCUAUCCUCAUGACUUCAAUACAUACUGGGGAUACACCUCGCUCUUCAACCUGAUCGACUAUCCUGCUACGAUUUUGCCGGUACCAGGACUCAAGGUCAACGCGGAGCAGGAUCCUCUUGAUUCGGAAUACGUACCGUUGGACACAAAUCCCUACGAUAAACCCAACCACGAGAUUUACGAUCCCAACCUUUUUGAGAACCAAGCAAUCUGCAUACAAGUGGUCGGCCGUCCUUUCGAGGAUGAAGAGCUCAUUCAAGUAUCGGCAACUCUUGAUGCAUUAUUUCGUGGUCUCUAG